CAUGCCUCAGGCAUCGCUUCAAUCCUUCUUGUCUCCAUGCAGAGUGUCUGAGCGUUCGUCGUCUUCUUUUCAGUUGUGCUCGGGCGUCGCCUCGGCCUGCCAGCUGCCAGUCAGCCGAGUGCUUAUUCGUCGUUGAUUGUGUAACACCGAAAGCGAAAUGCCCCUCAGCUGAGAAACCUUGGGAAUGUCAAUCGAACGGAUAUCACAGCUCAGCACAACUUCCCCGGUACAUGUCGCCAAAUCGAGCAUCGCAAUCAAUCAUCUCCGGGCACCAUGGCCACAACUCCAUCCCACAUUGGGUCGAAGAUCGAUUGGGCGAUCGAUCACCUUAAUGCUCACUGGGACUUGAGGCUUCCUAAGCUUCAUGGUGCGCAAGUCAGAGACGCCGAGGCGAAAAAAUCUCUGCCUUAUAAAUGCUUCACGAGAAUUCGAUUUCUAUGUUUUCGUAUCCCAAUCGAGAAAAUCCUUGCCGACUUCGACGAGCAGGCUCGUUCAAUCCAUUCGAAAUGGAUCUUCAAGCCGUCUCAGGAGAAGGGAACUCUGCCGCGGCUUCCUGUCACCAAAAGCAUGAUGGGGAGGGAGAAAGGCGAGAAUCAAGUGAUAAGACUAUCGGAAUCUCAGCGAGAGAAGCUUCACCAGCUGCUGUUCAAUAAUUUGGACGAGCAUUAUGAGCUUGCUCGGAUGACCAAGACACUGUCUAUCGAACAGCAAUCCGAUGCUAGCUUCCAAACCGCGCCAACUACGCCAUGCAAGGUGUCCCUCAAUCGCACUCAAAGCCUACCAGUCACCCCCAGCAAACAUAUAUUAUACCCGCAAGAUAAUUGCGUGGACGGUGGGCUGGAACCUGUAUUGAAAGACCCCAAAACAGGCUCGGCAAAGCGAAGCAUAGCAUCACCAGACAACAAAAACAAGCGACAACAGAAGCUCGCUGAAUGUAACUACUUUAGACCAGCAUCUUCCUCUAGACGACCCCAGCCUCCAUUGCUCUCCGCUAUCGGUCAGCGCCUCGAACCGACUAGCUUCGAUACUGUUCUCACUGCCAAUGGCUCAUCCGUAUUCGAAAGUCCUGACCAUGACCACGACUUCUUUGCCUCCAACGACACCUCGAUAAUGAGUAGCCAAGCAACUGGCGACAAGGCCGAAGAGUCUCAAGAUCUCCUGCCAACACAGGAUCUGCAAGAUUUCCUGGAAGACGAGGAUUUCAACAAAUCAUUUAAUGAAAUGUGCAUGCCACAAAGCAGUUUUGAUCCCAUAGAAGUCGCACUGAGCAAUACCUUCAGAAGGCAAGCUUGUCUGCCACAGAAUGUUCCUUUCUGGCUAUGUUGGGAAAUCCAUCGACUUGCGCACCUCCUUGGGAAGCUGCCGCUCGACGUACAUGGGUCAAUCAUGAAGCUGUGCAAGUCGAAUACGCCCUCAUUCGACAGAUUCUGGGAAGCUGCAAAGGAAUUGUCGCAGAAGAUGGCUACCUCACCACCUCAGAAGUCCGAGGUGCCUCUUUGGAUGGGAACGCAGGACAAAUAUGAGGAUCCGAGCUCAACAAAGGCGCUUUACCUUACGGCUAGCCUGGAAUGGAGUGACAACCUUUCUCAAGGGAUGUUCAAAUUCCGGCCUAACGAGAUCCGUCUGGAACAAUCCUGCCGUCUUUACAGAAAAUUCGGUGCCGACCGCUUCCUGGUGCUUUUUGCGCCUUAUUUUUCCGAAGGUUCCCGCCGUGGGAAGCUUCGUGCGCAAGACAACGAAAACGAAUCCGUGCAUAAGAAGAUCACCAAAUUUAUGGCAGAAGGAAGACAUUUCAUUGCCGGCCGGUAUUGGCGAGUCUUCUACGUUGAGCCCGAGAAGAGAAAGAGCCGGAAAAAGGAACAUCAACAGCCUCGUCAGAAGCUUUUCUUGUUUGCAGAGACUGGAUACGACAUGAUAUCACCCCCAUUCUCUCUUGAGAUAAGCACGCCAUCACUAAAGAUCGAUGGCCAUCACCAGGAAAUCAGCUUGGAGACUGUGACUCAAUGGCACAUGCCAAUUGCUGCCAAUAGCACAUCAACUGAUCUCAAACUUUUCUCGAGAUGGGGCAUUGGCCUUUCAAAAACAACGCCAACUAUCACCCUUCGGCGAGAGGAGUUUGUUCGGCGACCUGAUCCGACGAAUGGUCCUGUUAUGAACGACGGAUGCGCCUUGAUGUCCUACCCAUUGGCAAAAGCAAUUUGGGAGGCCAGCGGCAAGCCAGGCGACAUGCCAUGCGCGGUGCAAGCUCGAGUUUCUGGAGCCAAAGGCUUAUGGAUUGUCGACUACCAGGGUCGACAACCUCACCGUACAGGAGAUCGAGGUUACUGGAUCGAAGUGUCCGACUCACAGUUGAAAAUCAAACCACAUCCUCGGCGUAGAAAGGAUGCAGAUGACAGCCUGCGAACGUUUGAGGUCUUGAAGUGGGCCGGCGAGUGCAAACCUGGACACCUCAAUAUCCAGCUGAUAUCCAUUCUUGAGGAUCGAGGUGUUCCACGAAAGGCUCUUCAAGAUGCACUGACGGCAGACACGCGGGCAUACUCAGACUCUUUGACUGCUGCCAUCGGGGAUACCAAAGAUGGCAGGGUGCUUCUGUUGUGGAUGCAUAUGAAUGGCCUUCUCGGCCCAUGCGAAGCACAGAGGAAUCUUGGAUCUUUCCCAACCGAUCGACGACAACAAAUGAGGCUAUUACUGGAAGCUGGCUUCAACCCCUCUGACUGCGCCAAGAUAGUCAAGUGUGCCUUUAAAAUACUUAGUGACUACAUGACAGACUACGUUGAGAGAUUAUGGAUAACCCAGUCAUGCUCAACAACCGUCUUCUGUGUGCCAGAUCCCACGGGUCUGCUGGAGGAGGAUGAAGUAUGCAUGAACUUUUCCAAGCCAGUAACCGACCCAAGAACCGGCAUGACUGAGUUUAGCCUCGAUAAGAUGAAUGUGUUGGUAGCGAGAAAUCCGGCUUAUCUUGCUUCGGAUAUGCAAAAGCGCAAGGCUGUGUACAUUCAUGAACUUCGACAUUACAGAAAUGUCAUCAUCUUUUCAACGAAAGGCAGUCAACCACUGGCUUCAAUGCUCUCUGGAGGCGAUUACGACGGUGAUACCUGCUGGGUAUGCUGGGACCCUACCUUUGUCGAACCCUUCGAGAAUGCCCACUUACCGUCAAUGCCCAGUGAGGAACAAUGCGGUAUGGUCCAGGAGUCCAGGCCGCUGUCUGACAUAUUCACGGAAGCACGGCCACUCGAAGAAGCCAUGCAGGACUUCCUCCGAGCCUGCAUCGACUUCAACGCACGCCCGAGUUUGAUGGGUGCAUGUUCGACGGAACACGAGAGGCUGGUUUACUCGCUCAGUCAACAACAGAAAGCGAACAAACUGUCGUCUUCGGGCACCGUAACACUGGCAGCACUGGCAGGAUACCUGGUCGACAGCAACAAGCAAGGUUGGAGCUUGGAUCAGAAUUCUUGGCUUGCCGUGUGUGUGAAGGCAAGCGGCUCUUUGAAGCUGCCUGAACCGUGUUUCAAGACUGGAUCUCCACCACGUACACGCAAAGGUGCCUACGCCAAUGUCAUCGACUUCUUGAAAUUCGAGGUUGCCGCUGGAGAAAAAGAGAACGCUUUGACUGGUUUUGAGAAGCUGAACCCUGACGCUGGAACCUACGAUAUUGUCCUCAGCAAAUAUUGGAAAGACGCAGUAGAAAAAGGGAAGACGGAGAAGAGCCGUAUGGCCGACAAACCUCGAGCGACAAACAGGAACAACAAAGCAACAGCUCAGUCAAGGAAGUUAACAGACCAACAUAGUGAUGGACGAACCGAUGAGGCUUGUUUGAGUGCCAUUCUGGAGGAUCUUUCACAGCAGACCAAGAAUCUCCUACAAGAAAGGAAGCAAUUGGCCCCUGUGGAUUCCAUUGACUCAUCUUUCGGUGAGUCUAGAGAUUCAGCCAAGUACUCUACCGCCGUCCAGCGCGUCUAUGAGCUCUUUCAGGCCAUUGAGCCCAAGGACAUCGACCAUGAUCUUAGACGCCGCUACGAAGACGAGAAAGAGGCGCAUUUUUCUCACUGGUCGCUGCUGCGAGCAUCGUGUUUGCAUUACGAGGUUUGCCGCAAAGGCACGUUUCCAGAAUGGGUGUGGUAUGUCGCAGGGCGCGAUUUAUGCCAUCUGAAGGCAUUACACCAUGGAGGCAAUGUCCGCCUCGUUCCAGAAGAUAUUUUGGGGAUCAUGCAAGUUAAUUCCAAGUUCGCCAAAGCAAUGUUGGAAAGGAAGACCUUCGAGGCUGAAGAUGUGGGUGCAGGCGAUAUGAUUGACAUUGGAAUGAUGGAGGAUGAAAUUAUGUCUUUGGAUUGACGACGGUACUACCCCUGAUCGAUUGUGGAUUUUGAUACCCAAGAAAUUUGUACUAUCAUGGAAAGAUUGAAUUCCAGGGCGAGACUGGUUUUUGAGGUC